AUGACCGUCAACGCAACUGUGCUUUACCCUAAAGACGCGGCCUUCGACUUACAAUACUACUUCUCGAAUCAUAUGACCCUUGCUGUCGAGAGAUGGUCCUUACAUGGAUUGAAGGAUUGGCGGGUAGUUCAAUUCACAUCUAGCGAUGCACCGUUUGUGGUUGGAGCUAUGUUCACCUGGGAUAGCAUGAAUGGCUUAACUGAAGCCUGCAAGGCUGAAGACUCCAAAGCUAUAUUUGAAGAUGUUCCGAACUUCAGCGACCAAGAACCAAUCAUACUUUAUCAAAUGGUCUGGACAUAUCAAUUUCCCAAGUUGCUUAUCCCGCGUACCCCGCUCAACGAGCUACUUUUGUGUAGAGCCAACAAUUCUAUCGGAAGUCCUGACCGUAACUGCACCUGGCCAAAGAAAGUCCUCGACGAGUAG